AUGGGACUCUGCCGCCACGUCUACACCGGGCACUCCCUCCGCCUCGCAUCUACAUGCGGCCUGGAGCUGCUCAUCGCACUGCUGGCCGUAGCGGGCAACGUGCUGGUCUGCUGGGCCGUGUGCCUUAACAGCAACCUGCAGAGCAUCACCAACUACUUUGUGGUGUCGCUGGCCGUGGCUGACAUCGCCGUGGGCCUGCUGGCCAUCCCGUUCGCCGUGGCCAUCAGCACGGGCUUCUGCUCGCACUUCCGCGGCUGCCUGUUCAUCGCCUGCUUCGUGCUGGUGCUGACGCAGAGCUCCAUCUUCAGCCUGCUGGCCAUCGCCAUCGACCGCUACAUUGCCAUCAAGAUCCCCCUCAGGUGA